AUGGACGGCCGCAAGAAGAAGAGAAAGGUCCUCCUCAUGGGGAAGAGUGGCUCGGGGAAGUCAUCGAUGCGAUCGAUUAUCUUCAGUAACUACGUCGCCAAAGACGUCCGGCGACUAGGUGCUACCAUCGACGUUGAGCACAGCCAUGUCAAAUUCAUGGGGAAUCUCACGCUGAAUCUCUGGGAUUGCGGAGGACAAGACGCCUUCAUGGAAACCUACCUCGCCUCCCAACGCGGCAACAUCUUCUCCGACGUCGCCGUCCUAAUCUACGUCUUCGAUAUCGAAUCCCGCGAAGUCGAACGCGACCUCGACACCUACAACGCCAUCAUCGACGCCCUAAAAGAACACUCCCCGCACGCUCAUGUCUUCUGCCUAAUCCACAAACUCGAUCUCAUUCAGGCCGAACACCGCCAACGCAUCUACGAGGAACGCUCCGCGCUGAUCCGCUCCCGCUCCGGACACUUUGCCAUCGACACCUUUGGUAGCAGUAUCUGGGAUCAAUCGCUGUACAAAGCGUGGGCCGGGAUCGUGCACAGACUCAUUCCGAACUUAACAGUGAUAGAGCGGUUCCUUAGCGCAUUCGCGAAGAAGAUUGGUGCGGAGGAGGUUAUUCUCUUCGAGCGCUCGACGUUCCUGACCGUUACGUCAGUCGCGUCGGAAAUCGGCAACAUGAACCCAAUCUACGACCGCCACGAGCGCCUAUCCAACAUCAUGAAAGCAUUCAAACACUGCGCCGCACGCAACACCCACACCACCCCCGCAUCAGCCGGCUUUCUCGUCAUGCACACCAAAACACCCCAGUUCAACGUCUUCCUCGGUCGGUUCACGGAUAACACGUACAUCUUCAUGGUCGUCCCGCCGGGCGAGGCGGCGUAUAACUGCGCCGUGCUAAAUACGAUGCUUGCCAGAGAGGGUUUCUCGAAAGCUGCAGCGGCAGGGUAUGGGGAUGGAUUUCCGCUGCCAACGCCGGAGACUCUAACUCCGGAUGGGACUGGGGUACAUGGUUAA